AGCGACUCAAACAAACAUCCCAUCUACAGGCAGCGCAUUAAAAAAAUGUCAGGCAAUGAUAGCAUCACCGUCGGAGUUCUUGCUCUCCAAGGAGCCUUUUCUGAACACUUAGAGUUGUUGAAGAAAGCUGCGGAACAAAUAGAAACUCCCAAGAAGAUUGGGUUUAUCUCAGUCAAGACUCCAGUCGAUUUGGAGAAAUGCUCGGCUCUAAUUAUUCCUGGUGGAGAGAGCACUACAAUGGCUUUGAUUGCUGAACGCAGUAACAUCCUCGAGCCUCUCAGAGAGUUUGUUAAAGUUCACCGUCGUCCCACUUGGGGUACAUGUGCCGGCAUGAUCCUUCUCAGCGAAGCCGCAAACCGUACCAAGAAAGGCGGGCAAGCUCUUAUCGGGGGCCUCUCUGUUCGCGUGAACCGCAAUCACUUCGGUCGUCAAGUAGAAUCCUUCGAUGCUCCUUUGGAUCUCAGUUUUCUUGGGAAUGAUGAAGCACCAUUCCGAGGCGUAUUCAUCCGAGCGCCAAUUGUUGAAUCGAUCCUUCCAAAAGAAGAGUGCUGCACUAAUGCUAGUAGCAUUGUUGCUGUUCGUCAGGGAAAUGUCGUUGGAACCAGUUUUCACCCGGAGUUGACUGGGGAUCUGAGAAUGCACAAAUGGUGGCUUGGUGAGAUUUUGAAGGAUCUCACGAGAAGAGAGGAGCUUCUCCACGCCCAGGAGAACCACUGACGUCUUAGCUCAUCUAGAGACUUCAUAAUAGGGUGCAUAGUGAUGUAAAGGGCCUAGAGGCUACUAGAAGUUAGAUUUGUUGCGCUUCGGCGGUGCUGUUUUUGAGUUUUUGCUCUCAUAUUGCUUGCGGGUUAUAAGAUUGAGGUUAGACACCAAAAUAUUUU